AGAGAGAGAGAGAGAGAGAGAGAGAGAGAGAGAGGUGGAUAGCAGCAGCGUGAUGGCGGCGACGGAGAUUAAUGGAGGAGGAGAAAAAUGGAAAGCACACAUAGCAAUGGCAAUGGUACAGGUCUCCUAUGGAGGAUACCAUGUCAUUACCAAAGUAGCUCUCAACGUUGGCGUCAAUCAAUUCGUCUUCUGCGUCUUCCGUGGCAUCCUUGCCCUUUCUAUUCUCUCUCCUCUUGCCUUUUUUCGCGAAAGAAGAGUUAGACCACCUAUGACUAAAGAACUCCUCAUGUCAUUCUUCUUUCUUGGAUUAACUGGGAUAUUCGGCAACCAGCUAUUGUUUCUUCUCGGUCUUAGUUACACAAAUCCAACGUAUGCUGCAGCCAUACAACCUGCUAUGCCCGUCUUUACGUUCAUAUUGGCUGUUAUGAUGGGUACAGAAACAGUGAAUUUUCUCAGAACUGAAGGUCAGGCAAAGGUUGGAGGUACACUCGUUUGUGUUUUUGGUGCCUUAUUGAUGAUUUUGUUUCGAGGUCCAUCCUUGAUUGGGUAUACGGAGUCAGAAUUUGCAGCACAUAGUGAAAUAAUUAUCAAGGGUCAACCUGAACCAGCUGUAUGGUUUAUGCCUAGUUUUUUGAAGUUUGGGCUUGAUCAGUGGCACCUAGGUGUCUUGUGCUUAAUAGGGAACUGUGUGUGCGCGGCGGCAUAUAUAGCCAUUCAGGCUCCGGUUCUUGCAAAGUAUCCAGCGAGCCUAUCAGUGACAGCAUAUUCAUACUUCUUUGGUGCUGUACUUAUGGUAGUGACAACAUUGUUUAUGACCAAUGAGUCAACAGACUGGAAUUUGACCCAGUCUGAGAUUUUAGCUGUACUCUAUGCCGGAAUUGUUGCAUCUGCCUUUAACUAUGGACUCUCGGCAUGGUCCAAUAAGAUCCUGGGACCUGCUUUGGUUGCUCUUUAUAAUCCACUUCAACCGUUUGCAUCUGCCGUCCUCUCAAGGAUUUUCCUCGGAAGCCCCAUUUAUUUGGGAAGCAUUAUAGGGGGAUUUUUUAUCGUGGUGGGGCUUUAUUUGGUCACUUGGGCAUCCUAUAGGGAAAAACAGGCAGCUAUGGUGAUCGUACCUCACGAUUCACAGCCAACCGAUCUGCUAAUUGAGAGAGACCCAUCAUUCGACAAGAUUCAAUACCAAAAAGGGCACAUUUUCUCCGAGCCGUCUGUACCAAAGGUUGAGGGUUGAGCAAAUAUUUGGGGUAUCAUUUCCUCUCUGAUAAUCACUUUGAGCUAAAUGUAAUAUUAUUCAUCAUGGCUUAUGUUUUGUAUGUCUCUUAUAGAUGUUAAUAUAAAAUGUAUGUCUCUUAAAUUUUAUUUUAAAAAAAAUACAUGUGAAAUGCUGGGAAACAACUGGCUCCCAAUUGAUGCGCCUCUUAUGCACAGGUUAUCAAAAGAAAAUGUAUAAACAUUAGAGUUUCUAUAGACAACUCUAUAAUGAUAAAUUUCA